CUGGGCGCGAGCGCGUGGGUGGAUAGGGAUAACGAGGACUCGACCCGCUCCGUGGGCUUCGUCCCCCUAUUCAGUCCCUAUUUGGUCAUUGAUUGCACCUUCCCCAUAUGGCAAGCAAAGCAACAGGCAACUGACAAACAUUCACUGUUCUAG